CCCCCGCCGCCUUUCCGUCUUACAGGAUCCUCUCCCUCUAUCUGGAUUUUACCGGCUGUUCGCGAAACAGCUUUACACACAAUGGAUCUCCCCGUCCUUUUGCAGGAAGUGCUCACGGACUGAUGUGGCUGACUUUGCUCCCAGGCAAAACUAAAGAACCCUUCUAUUCAUGGAGGUGAACACUACAGACGCUUUCCACAUGAACCUUGAAGUGAACGUCUGAUACAUUUCCUGUAGAAAGAGAAAGGAGCCAAAAUGAAGGAAAGUGUGGCAUCCACAGCUGUUUUCAUUUUGCUACUUUUUCUCAACACCAGUCUCCUGAAUGGACAAUCACCUCCUGGAAAACCUGAGAUCUUUAAAUGUCGUUCUCCUGAAAAGGAAACAUUCACCUGCUGGUGGAAACCUGGGGAAGACGGAGGACUUCCUACUAAUUACACGCUGAUGUACCACAAGGAAGGAGAGACAAUCACACACGAAUGUCCAGACUACAUAACCAGUGGCCCCAAUUCCUGUUACUUCAACAAGAAGCACACCUCCAUAUGGACAAUGUACAUCAUCACAAUAAAUGCCACAAACCAGAUGGGAAGCAGUUCCUCAGAUCCACGUUAUGUGGACGUGACUUACAUAGUUGAACCAGACCCUCCUGUGAACCUAACUUUGGAAUUAAAACAGCCAGAAGACAAAAAACCAUAUCUGUGGAUGAAAUGGUACCCACCCACCCUGGUUGACGUUAGAUCUGGUUGGCUCACACUCCAGUAUGAAAUUCGGUUAAAACCUGAGAAAGCAACUGAGUGGGAGACUCAUUUUGCUGGGCAGCAGACUCAGUUUAAGAUUCUCAGCUUAUAUCCAGGACAGAAAUACCUUGUCCAGGUUCGCUGCAAGCCAGACCAUGGAUUCUGGAGUGAGUGGAGCCCAGAGAGCUCCAUCCAGAUACCUAAUGAUGUCACCAUGAAAGAUACCAUCGUGUGGAUCUUUGUGGCCGUUCUUUCUGCUGUUAUUUGUCUGAUUAUGGUCGCAGCUGUGGCUUUGAAAGUCCAUAGCAUGGUGACCUGCAUCCUUCCACCAGUUCCUGGGCCAAAAAUAAAAGGAUUUGAUGCUCAUCUGCUGGAGAAGGGCAAGUCUGAGGAACUGCUGAGUGCCCUGGGGUGCCAAGACUUCCCUCCCACUUCUGACUGUGAGGACUUGCUGGUGGAGUUUUUAGAAGUGGAUGACAGCGAGGACCAGCAGCUGAUGCCAGCCCAUUCAAAACACCCGGAUCAAGAUAUGAAGCCCACACCCCUGGAUCCAGACAGCGACUCUGGCCGGGGCAGCUGCGACAGCCCUUCCCUUUUGUCUAAAAAGUGUGAGGAAGCCCGGGCAAAUCCCUCCACGUGUAACAUUCCUGAGGGCAUUGAGAAGCCAGAGAAUCCCCAAACAAAGGUUACCUGCACGUGGGAUGCCCAGAGCACACGCUUGGAAGGCAAGAUCCCCUAUUUCCCUGCCGACGGAUCCAAAUCCUCAACCUGGCCUUUACCACAGCCCCCCAGCCAGCACAGCCCCAGAUCUUCUUACCACAACAUUGCUGAUGUGUGUAAGCUGGCUGUGGGCACAGCGGGGGCAUCGGCCGCUUUGUUGGGCAAAACAGACACACACGCUUUAAGAUCUGCAAAAACCACUGAGACUGGAGGGGAGGAAAAGGCAGCUGAGCAGAGAGAAGUAGAAAGCUUCCAUUCCAAGACUGACCAAGGCACAGCAUGGCUGUUACCCCUGGAGAAAACCCCUUUGAUCUCUGUGAAACCCUUGGAUUACGUGGAGAUUCACAAGGUUAACAAAGAUGGAGCACUGUCAUUGCUCCCAAAACACAAAGAGAACAGCAACCAGCCAGAGAAGCCCAGUCCUCCUGAAGCCAGUAAGGAGUACGCUAAGGUGUCCAGGGUGAUGGAUAACAACAUCCUGGUGUUAGUGCAGGAUCCGCGAGCUCAGAACCUGACUGCGUUGGAAGAACCAGCCAAGGAGGCUCCGCCAUCUCUUCAAGAGAAUCCAGCCGAAGAAGACCUGGCCUCCUUCACCUCGGCCCCAAGCAGCUGCGGACUCCAGCUGGGUGGGUUGGAUUACCUGGAUCCCACGUGUUUUAUGCACUCCUUUCAGUGAUAGCUUGAUUAACGGAAUGAUUGGUUAAAAUGUGAUCUCUUUUCAGGUAACACUACAGAGUACAGGAAACGUACCCUACUAGAGAAUGCUCGAGAAUGUGGUUAGGAUGACACUACACAGCCCAUAGUUCACUCCUCAUGCUCCAUUUUCAACCAGCUGCCUCUUUCUCCAACAGUUGAUUCCAGAACAAAUUGUUUUGUUUCCUGUGAUUUGUAGAUUGACUUUUUUUUGCUCUUAGUUAUAAAAUUAUGUGUUCAAUGAAAUAAAAAUACAUCGUUUAGUAUUUUUGAGGGACAUUGCCAAUAGGUAUAUCCUCUGGAAGGGGCUUUCAUGGUUUGGUAUGUGACCGAAGGAAAUGAAAUACUCACAGUUGUUUACCACAGGAAGAUGAUAGAUGUGAGAAAAAUGCCAUGAAAACCGCUUUCAAAAAACCAACAAACCUUUGCACUCCUCUUUCAUUUUUAUUCGGAUUAACCAAAUACGACCCAUUUGAAGAAAGAAUGCAUUCCAGAACACCGGACACAUUGUUUACAUCAGUUCCUAUCACCUUAGUGAUACAUUGCCAAUAUGCAAGCCAAAAUGAUGCCUCCAGUUUUUUCUUAAAAUGGUUUGAAUUUGUUAAGCAUGGAUUUUUUUUUUCUCCCCCUAAAUUGUAUUUUAUUCUGAAGCCUCUAGAGAAAAUAGUUUUGGAAAGUGAAAUUUUCUAACAUGACAGGUAAAUGAGUUUCAUGUGGUAAAUUCUUCUAAAAUGUUUUCCUGUUUCGUUUGAGCAUAAGAGAGAAUUUAUUAUACACCCUAGUCUUCGGUUAGGUUAAAAAAAAAAUCCCCAAAGACUAAUUUUAAAAGAUAAUCACAGCAGGAUGCUAAUGGAAAUACUGCCUUACUGUACAUACAAAUUCUACUUUAAUAUAAACCCGUAAGUUUCACAAUGUAUUUUUGAAGACUAUUUUUCUAUCACUUAGGUAAAAUAAAAAACUAUUUUCUAUCUUCCCAGUACAGCUGUUUACGUAUUUAGCGGGUACGGUAUGUUCUGCUAUGAGGUUAUAAUGAGUAUUUGCAGUACAGAGUAUACACAGUCCCUGUGUGUGGAGUAAAAUGCCAUAGCAACCCAAAGCCCAUUGAGGAAUAUGAAGUGGAUGAUUAUAUUCAAUUUCCAGCACAGCGUUGUAUAGUUUAUCUGAUUCUAUCUCUGUGAUACUUUCAACAGUCGCCAGCCAAGAGGUUUAGGGCUUUCCACAGACCAGAAAUUACUUCUGUAAUUUAGGGCUACUCUGGGGCUUCUGCUCUUCUCUGGGUGAAUAUUCAUAAAACCACCCUGAAAAGGUGAGUGAUGACCUCUCACAUACUGUUUUAGAGAGAGGGUUUUGUUUGGUUUGGGUGUUCUGAGAAGUCCUGGGCUGCCAAGAAAAUGUAAGCAAAGCCAGGAGUUAGUAUCUCUCUGAAGUAGAUCCAUUUGCGAAAUCCUGGCAGAGGCAGAUACAGCAGUCCCAGCGGAAGCGUUCAAAUAGAAGUUCUAAGGAAGCAGGCAUCUGGGCAGUGGCAACAGCUACAGCGGCCGGGGUCUGGUAGCAAGAGUCUCCAAGUCUGUUCCAAGGGCAGCCUUCCCACAAGCCUGGCUCUCCAUUUUAAAGAGAGCGCUCGUGACUCCAACUGCCUCCCUCUGUUUUUCAUUUCAUCUGAUGGCAAAGCCAUUCUCCGGGUUCACUCACUAACUGGACGUAGUGAAUUUGCACUCACCCCUGGGAGUUAAAUAUGCCAGCCCAGCAAGCCCAUGCUGACAGGAACUGGGCUCCGCGGUGGCCCUGAUGUUUGCAAGUGAACUCAUCCCUAGGGCUUCCAGGGUUGCCAAAGUAAAUCAAUCUGAGCUCUCUUCUCCCAAUAUAGACCAGCAUUAAGGGUGAAGGGAACAUUCGGGAAAGUUGUCCAAGCUCAUCCAGUGCCCUAGGUCCUUGCUACUCAAAGUAGGCCCUGAGGACCAGCUGUCUCAGCAUCGCCUGGCACUGCUUGGAAAUGCAGACUCUCAGCUCCCCUGCCCCAGACCUACAGAAUCCGAAUCUGCAUCGUACUAAGAUCCUCAGAUGACUCAUGUACACAGGGAAGUUUGAGAAGCCCUGUCCUGGGUGACCAUUUCCACUAAAGGUACGUUAGUGCCUAGAGACAAUCCUCUCUCGGAAAUACAAGUCAGGUCUCACUUGCCCUCAAUGACACUCUACGUAAGGAGAAGGCAUACUUUUUUAAAAACCCAUUUAGGGUUUAAAUUGACAGAAUGAUAGACAAUGACUUGGCAAAAGUACACGCAGCUCCAAGAGGGCCAGGGGAUUAUACUCCACUUGGGAUUGACUCUGCCCUUCCAAGCCAGGCCAGACCAAACUUUUCCCAAAACAGUCCAUUCUCCUCCAAAAUGUAUCUCAAUCACUCUGAUAAUUCAAAAAUUCAAAAAUAACCUGUUUUGACAUAUGACUUGGCAUGUGUGAAAAAAAAAAAAUGUCCUGGUUAAAGACUCACCUUGAAGUAAAUCCCCAAAAUACCCCAAUUAGCCACUCAUUAAGUAAGCCAACGUUACAAUUCUAUGGUCAAUUAACACUCUUUAUUUGAAUUAAGUAGGUUUUUUGUUUUUUUUUUUUUCCAUCUUCUGGCACAUUUCCUACCAAGGAGCCAGCUGGUGCAGCAGAAGGAUGCAGACUGAGGGUCAAGAGACCUGGGUUCUAGUCCCCGCUCUCUUGCCUUAGAGUAAUUGCCUUUCCUGGGCCUCAGUUUCCUCUGAAGGAAAUGGCAGGCCAAUCAUCUCGAAUAUCCUUUCAAACUCUGGCUCCUUGAUUUCAUGACUCACUAAAUAUUUUCCAGCAAAGAUAAUUUACCCAGUGCUUUGAUCGUAAGGAAGCUAACAAAUAAUUGCCCUUCAUCAGAGACACACAAGUACUCUCCAGUGAUGUGCUUUUUUGAUUUCACUUUUAAAUCAUCAGUUCUAGUUGGUCUUCACAUAUGACACAUGCAUGCUGUAAAUUACGUAGGUACGGGAUCAGAGUCCGAGAUAACAUGCAAGUAUGUAUGUAGAGAGGAGGCAUGAGAUUUUUUUUUUUUUAAGACCUACUGAAUGAGGCUCUGAUUUUUAGAAAAAAAUGAUCUUUUACUGAAUCAAGCCAUGCUUAUUUUUUGCUGAGUCCAACAGCCCCAAAUCGCUUUUCUUCUGACUGCGGCUUCUGGUUUUUAUUUCUUUCUGAUGAAUUAUAAACCACUAUUGCACAGUUGGUUUAAAGAGCCAUAUGCUCUGAAUUAUAAAAAGUCAUGUUUUUAUAAACAAACACCUAAAUAUUCAAGUUACAAAGCACAUGGAGACGGGCUAGCCAAUGGGUGAUUUAUGGAAGAUUCUUACCCCAGCUGCAAAAUGUUCUCUGGUCAGUUGUAACGAACGGGUUUAAGGCACCUCAACAUGAGCACAAGUUAUUAUCAACUGCGUCCCUGACAUUUAACAGAAUGUCCAUUCUCCCAAGUGCCUAAGACCAAUCCCAUUAGGCAGGUAUGUACCAAAACCUUGCUUUCGCUGGUUUGGUCCAACAUGAGUUAAUCCCUUACCACCUGUACGAGAUCAAGGAGUUUGACCCCUUGUCCUGUAGUGCCCAGCUGAGUCGGAGAAUCCUAUGAGUUCAUGAGCUCCAGGAUGCAGUUUGGCUGUGGAGGAAAUCUGGCUCUUUUCUCGAGAUUCUCCACGGCUGCAGUCACUUGCAGAAAGACUUGGCCCUGCCUUUAGUAUCUUCUCUAUCUCCUUAGUGUAGACAAGGAAGAAGCAGAUUUGUACAUAGUUUACAAAGUGCCUUUCUUUACUUUUAUAAAAAAAAAAAAAAAGUUUUGUUUUUGCAAGAAAAGCGUAUCAAUUGGAAGGUACAUUUUACUUGUUUUAUGUAAAUGAAUGGAGAAACCGGAAAGGGAAUGACAAAAUGGUCCGAGGUCCAACCAGCAACUGUUCCAGUGGAUUUUUCUAUUUAUUGCUUAACCGAAUUACCAUAGAGCUGAUGUGAAUAGUGUAACUUAUUUUGUCUGAUGAGAAAUUGACUCUGGCUGGGAUUUGAGGAUAUGCUGGCCCCACUGUGAUUUGAGACUCCUCCGUUUAAAAACAUAUUAAUAUGCUUUUGAAUGGCUUCAAAUUGCAUGCCUGGGCCUGAAAAGGACAAUGCAAGCACGGUGGAAGCUUGCACACAUACAGAAAAAGGCAAAUGACUCUGGAUUACCAUCCUCAGUGUUGCUAACAUAGAUUUGCCAUUGAUGAAAGCCUCGUGUGUACUUCAGUGAACAAAUUUCUUGUUCUGCAUUUUUGGCUCAAGCACAAUAGUAAAGUCCAAGGUUUCAAAGGCCCAGGUGCAAUGCAGGAAAGUAUUGCUGACAUGCCCUUAACCUGAUAAUUGUGCGGUGUCACAAAGCUUAAGAGAACUAUAGACAUCUGUUGGUCCAAGCCAGGUUGAUUUGCUUUAACAUCCUGGCUUCUUUUUUUCUUCUUAGCUAUCCAUACUUGUAGGCUUUUUGUUCUUCUGCUCUAGGGCCUGUAUUUUUCCUGAGAGUUAAUUAUGUACACUAGCAACCAUAGGAUCCACAAGAAAUUAAGUUACUCGUGAACAAUGACUUUGGCCCCGCAAAGGACUAAGUCAGCUCUUAAAUCAGCCACACAGAUAUCACAUUGCACGUUGAGGGUCAUUAGUCACCUCGUUUAAGGAUUUGCAUAGUUAGAAAUUGCAGCUCAAUUCAUUAACUGCUUAAUUAAUUCAAAGGCCAUUAAUAAACCCAAGGUACAUCCAUGACUCGGUUCCGGAGGUCUUAAGUAGAAAUUUUAAAAUACAAAAUGAUUGCUCGAGAACCCAUGUUGUAACCAGAAGUUCUAUUUAUAAUUAUGGCCUAGACUUAUUCCAUGAUUACCAGAUAUAAUCUACAAAUCAAAUAGUUCUCUCCCUAGGCUUGUGUAUUUCAGUAAGGUGAUUUAGGGUCUGAGAUCAUCAUGGUCUAUUUCAAUGAAAGGAAAAAAAUAGGAAAUAGGACAUUUCCAGAGGUUUGGGCAUCUCAGGAUUCCACAAAAUGUCAACGGUAGCCUGCUAAACCCAAAUUUUAUUGGACAAAGUGAAAUCUGUAAUCUAUUCAGUGUUCUGAGUUUAUGGCUAAGAGAUGUACAUAACUGACAAACACCAUACGCCCGUCAUUGUCUUAUUCACGUCCGUUCCUUUGAUUUAUGCUCUGAUCUCAAGUCAAGAAGCACUGAGGCGUGUAAAGUGAAAAAACACAUCCUGUUUGUGUGACUGUGGUCAAUGAAUACAGAGACCCUUAGACAAUGGUAUUCUAUUAAUUAACUUUUUACCUGCUCCUGAUUAAAUAAAAAACAAUGAACCCUAAAAACCUUUGGCUAGUGAAGUAGUAACAUCAAAACUAAUCUUGAAUAAUUACGUUUAAAUUAUGCUUCACCUGGAUAAACUUCAAAAUGCAGUCUGAGUUUUUCCAUGCAAAUUUCACAAAUUCUGAAGAAAAAAAAUCUCAUUAUUACGUUACUCUGACAUGAAAAAUCUGUAUGGCAAAGAUACCUCUGAAAAAUAAUCUGUUUUAUAAAAUUUCUGAUAAGAUGUUUUGAAUUUUUAAAAGUAACCACCUCCCCUCCUUGUCCUACUGCCCUUCCUCCAAAGCCGCUUAUUGUUUAGAAAGGAAAGAUUAUCGGGGCGCCUGGGUGGCUCAGUCGUUAAGCGUCUGCCUUC